GUCCUACAAACCUGAUAAGAAAGUGUACGUGUGUAUUAUUUAUUUAUUUAUUUAGUUAGUUAUUAUUGUAUAUAGAUAAAAUAAUAAUAAUAAUAAUCAUCAUCAUAGUUCAGCUGUGAGUCAGGUAUAAGCCACGCCCACUUCCUGUACUUCUCACCUGGGGAACGCAGCGCGAGACCUGUGUACGACAGCGAAAGCGCAGAGCCAUGUCCACGCCGUGGCGUUCCCUGUUCUUCAUGCUGGUUGGAGCUGUACUGUGUGCAGCAGGUCUGGAGAAAUAUGACUCACAGGGCGACAUCACCUGCUCUCAGGGUUUGAAACAGUGUACAGCCGUUAAUAAGAACCUCAUGCUUCCUCCGUGUGAUGGUGCACUUCCAUCCUGCACUUCCACCCUGGUAGAUGUUUCGGCUUUCAGAGUGGAGCCUGCUCUCUGCACCAAAGCAACCAUGAUGUACAAAGCGUGUCUCAGGAUCCGAAUCCAGCUCAGAGUCCUUGCUACGGCUAAUGAUGAUGUCAGCGGAGAAACACAAGACGAUUUAGAAAACGAAGACCACGCUGCUAUAACCUUGUGCUAUGUGUCCACACCGAAUCUUAUGUCCUGCAAGGAGAUCAACUUUUUUGUGAAAUCCAACGCACAGAAUCACCAGGAAGAAUCGGUGGAGGUGGAGGUGCAGGAAGGCGUGUUCCUGGGCAGCACUGUGAAUGUCUCGGUGAACAGCAUGCAACAGGUGGUGGACUUCCCACGGGUUGACUCAGUUUGCCCGUCUCCUCACAUCGAGGAAUGUAAAAAUCCCAUAAUCUUCCCAAAGAUCGACGAGGAGAGAGGAGUGAUGGAGCUGAAGGCAAAGCUGGAUGAUCAGAAGGAGCUGCAGUUGUGUGUGAAGAGGAAAGGGAUGACCUUGUGCAGGACGAGUGACUGGACCAUCCCUCUACAUGCCGUCACACACUGCAUGUGUUUCCAGGCUUGGAGGAAAAACACAGAAGAUGAAAUAUCUUCCCGGUCUGAAAUUUGCCCCUUUGAGAAAGACAAAGGGUUCAGGAGGAACGUGUUGAAGAACGUGUCCCUGUCUGUCGGACACACCGAGACGAACGAAGGCCGUCCAGCGUUGAACUGGAACGUGAGCGCCCCCUGCAGGCUGGAGAUCGAGGUGUGGCCGUGUCAGAUGGCUGUGCAUGUGGGAGGAGGCUGCAGGGAAGUGCCCGGGUUCAGACAAAACAUCAGCACAGGGUGGGAUGAGAACAUCAGCACACUGUGGACAUCCGGCACGUUUCUGGACGUUAGAACUACAAACCACCUGCUCCCCUGUGUGAUGUUUAAAUUGGACGGAGAAGCCUUCGGCCCUGUGUGUGAUCAUUACACCACUAGGGUGCGCUGGAUCUGUGUGGUGAUGUUGGUGCUGCUGCUUGUGGUGCUGCUCUCAGCGGGAGUGUGUGCGCUCAGGAUCAGACACAGAGAAUGGCUUUCAAAUUCCAACCCAGCAUAUCAGUCCCAAGGUCGCCUUGGUGACGUGCUGCUCGUGCACUCAUCCGGUUCUGAUUCGUCUUUCUCCGACACCGUGUGCUGGUUUGCUACCUGGCUUUCUGAACUCGGGUUCUCCGUCUCUCUGGAUCUGUGGAACCAGGCUGAUGUGAGUAAACUGGGUCCGACCCCGUGGCUGCACUCGCGACUUCAGCACGUCCAAAAGAGCGGCGGUAAGACCUUGUUGCUGCUCUCGCACGACGCCGUGCACCGAGCCAAGGCCCACUCUGAGAGCUGGAGCUGUGUGUCCAACAAAGAAAACGGCAAGACAAGCAAAACGUCCUGGAUGUGGAACGCCGACGUCUUCAGCUCGGCUCUCAGCUCCCUUUUGUUUGCUCGCCUGCAGGGUGGCGCCGUUGAGCACUUCGCUCUAGUGCAGCUGGAUUCAGAGGCGCUUGAUCUGCCCGAGCUGUUUCAAGGCCUGAAGCUCUAUCAGCUGCCCUCAGAAUCUCAGCGCCUUCUCACCGAUCUCCAAACCAGGAGUCUGGGAAGCUUUGGAGCUCGGCUCAAGAGGUUCCUCUGGACCUGGAGAGCAUCGGCGAGGCUGGAGAAGAGGCUGAGGAACUGUGGGAAAGAGCAGCGGAAACCUACAGAGUCCACGCUCACACACGUCAAAUCACUGAGUGUGGAGAAGGACAUUGAGGAGGAGAUACUCCCUCUGAACUCGUAAUUACCUCACAGAGCAGGGAUGAAAUGAAGAAGUCUGUACAACAUGUACAUAUGAAGGAAGAAAUCAUUAAUGUGUUCGCUUCUGUCAGGGAUUCUAUCAGUUCCUGGAAGAAGAUGUUUCUGUGUAUUUUCCACCAUUUACAGACUCAAAUAUUUCUAAAUAUGUCUUUGCUCCAAGUCUGGGAGAUACACAUGAAGUGCCAGAUCUUCAGUGUGCCAAAGAAGCUUGAAUCUUCACCUCAGUGACACAGAGAUAAUGUUAAAGACUUGGUACAAAGUUUUAACUUCAAAUCAGCUGAUACGAAUCUGCUUGUAAUUAUCUGAACAUUAUUUUAAACAAUACCUGCAUGGCUACGUGACAAUUUAUCAUAAUUCCAACGUUAUUCUAAAAACUGUUCUGGUUCUGGUCGAUAGAGGAAGUGAGCCGAAAGGCAGGACAGUAACAGGAUGACACUGAACCUGUGGUAGAAGGUUCGGAAAUUCGUGUUUAAGGAACUUACACCAAAGUUUAAUCUGUUAGCUUUACACUAAAGUCACUGAAGUCAGGCUGAUGCUGGGCUCAGAGACUCAGAGCAGGUGUUCAAAUAACUCACCGAAACACAGGCAGCGAAUCGUCUAUGGUCUGGUGUCAGAGCUGAGUGACGACAGACGACGAAGAUGAAGAAGAAGAUGAUGAUGGACUGUGUGUCUGAGUUUGGGAUGUGUGUGUGUGUGUGUGUGUGUGUGUGUGUGUGUGUGUGUGUGCGUGCAUUUAGUUGUUUUGUUGUAAGAAAGUAUUGUGCACUUUGUCCUGCAGAUGAAGGCAGAUGACAGACUGCGAGUGAAACAUGUGACAGUUUUAUUUUAUUCUGAGCAGAACGGAACACGAUUCAGCAGACGAGGCUCUGCUCAGAGACAGCGGGUAAACCUGUAAAUGUUGUAGACGUGUCUCCAUAUAAUCAAACACAACUACUGCAGAUUAUAUCAUCUACAUGAGAGUGUUUUACACUUUAACACAAAGCCACACCGUCGCUUUUUAAUCUGAACUUGUGUCAGUUAAUAGAUUACGUAUAAUAAUGAUGUGUCGAAUCUUCUGAUGUUUACCAACAGGUUAUUUAAUAAACCCACAAUGAAGACA